UUCUUCCACUAUUUUUCAUGAUUUAUUUGAGAUUGUUCUGGAUCUUGGACCGGCAUAUUCUGGAUAAGUUGCCGUUCUAUGGGAACAAGAUAUGUGGUUGGUGCUCGCAUAUAUAUGACUUCAGCAGCGUGUGAGUUUUGCAGCUUAAUUUGAAGAUGAGAGCUCCUUUCUCUGCAUUGGCACCUAUGAGCUGAUCCUACAAGGUAUUUGCAGGCUAAAUUUUGCAAGACAAGCCAAAUGGAAGGUGCAUGUGAGCUUCAAGUUCUAGCUCUACGGAAUUAUUGAAGUUUGAUGAAUUGAUCUCGGAAACUUAUAGCAAGCCAAUCCCCUCCCUCAAGAGAAACGGGCGAUCCGACACAGGAUGCAUUUCAUUCUCAUCUGGCGACUGAAGAGAAGAUGGUUCCAAUGAUAUAAUUAAAUAGAAUAAUGUGGAACGGGGGAUGCGCUUAUAUUUUCUCUGCCUCAGGCGUUGAAACUCGAAUUUUAAAGGAAUGCACGGUUGCUACCGUCUAUUAUUCCACUCCUCCAGACUCCACCUCCCAGAGAACCAGCCUACUCUGUUCGUAUUCCCAUUUCGCUCUUGCAGUGUUCUGUCACCAAAAACCUUCGACAGAAAAAUCUCUACCAACUCCUCUUUGGUUUCAGCUUUCUACGAUCUUCACCUCCGCUCAUGCAAUAACCUGUACUCGCUCGAACAGAUACAUUCAAAUCUCGCCACGACCGGUCUCCUCCAACACAGUCCUCACCUGAGCGCCCAGAUCAUUGUGAACUACUCCAAAUUCGGCCUCUUGGACCGUGCCCGCGCCCUCUUCGACGCUGUUCACGCGAACAGGUCCUUCCUAUGGAACACCAUCAUCAGGGUCUAUGCCACUUCCGGCCACGUCGACGAGGCACUCCAUCUUUAUUCUUUCAUGCGCCCGACGGGCAUCCCGCCAAACAACUAUACGUUUCCGUUUGUUCUCAAGGCAUGCGCAUCAAAACCCAUGCUUCGGCUUCGAAGAGGGAGAGGUCUCCACUGCGAGGCCCUGAAGACCGGUUUUGAUUUGGACAUCUUCGUGCAGGCGGCAUUGGUGGAUAUGUAUGCUAAAUGUGGUGAGAUAGACGAUGGGUGCCAGGUUUUUGAUGGAAUGCUAGAGAAGGACAUCGUGAGCUGGACGACAAUGAUCACAGCUUAUGAGCAGUCCACGCACCCUCAGGAAUCGCUGCUGCUUUUCCGUCAGAUGCAAGCACAGGGUAUUGGUGGGGAUCAGGUCACGGCCAUCAGCGUUGCCUCGGCGAUUGCCCAGCUGGGAGAUAUCAAAACGGCUCGGUCGCUUCACACCCAUGUUAUCCGGAAUGGAUUCCGUGGGCAUGUUGAAGUGGGGAAUUCCCUCAUCGCCAUGUAUUCAAAUUGUGGCGAUGUUAAAAGUGCACGUCUGGUUUUUGAUGGAAUGAAGGAAAGAGAUGACAUAUCAUGGAAUUCAAUGAUCUCCGGUUACAGCCAGAAUGGCAAUGCUUCUGAUGCUCUGUUACUCUUUGAACAGAUGCGGGUGCAUGGGCCUGAAUCCAAUAUGGUGACAGCCCUGGCUCUCAUCUCAGUGUGCUCUCACCUGGGGUCCCUUCACCUUGCCAAACAAGUCCAUAGUUUGAUCGUUAGUUGGAAAGUGGACAUCAAUACAUUGCUGUGGAAUUCACUCGCGGACAUGUAUGCCAAGUGCGGGGAUAUGGACUCUGCGGUGCAGAUGUUCCAUGAUAACCGUACGAGCACGAAAGAUGCCAGCUCAUGGAAUGUUAUGAUCUCUGCAUAUGGCCUGCAUGGUCAUGGAAGGGAAGCACUCAAACUCUACCAACAAAUGCGUGCCCAAGGAAUUCAGCCGGAUGAUAUUACCUUCACAUCGCUUCUAUCCGCUUGUAGCCAUGCUGGUCUUGUGGAGGAAGGCAGGGAAGUCUUCGACAGCAUGAAGGAGCUCACCAUGCUGCCCAUGGCCAAGCACUAUGCAUGCAUGGUCGACCUCCUUGGCCGAGCAGGGCUUCUGGAUGAGGCAUUUGAUCUGAUUGCGGAAAUGCCAUCGGAACCGAAUGAUGCCGUGUGGGGGGCCCUUCUAGGUGCCUGUAGAAUCCAUGGCAACAUGAAGUUAGGGGAACUAGCAGCUAAAAGACUGCUCUGCCUCGAGCCUGAACACACUGGGUACCACGUGCUGAUGUCGAAUGUAUAUGCUGCAUCGACCAGAUGGCAUGAAGUUGGAAAGGUGAGAGAAGCCAUGAGAGACAGAGGGUUGAAGAAACCAGCAGCUUUUAGUGUGUUGGAGUUUGGUAGAGAAGUUCAUGGAUUCCAUACAGCCGAUCAGUUCCAUCCAGAGCAUGUAAAGAUAUAUGGAAAGAUUGAAGGUUUGAUUGCCGAGAUGAAGAUGAAAGGAUAUGUGCCUGAUGGGUCAUGUGUUUUGCAUGAUGUGGAGGAGGAAGACAAGGAGCACAUUCUCAAACUCCAUAGCGAGAAGCUGGCGGUUGCCUACGGCAUUAUGAGAUUACAGGAUGGGUUACCCAUCAGAAUUACCAAGAAUCUGCGGAUAUGCAAUGACUGCCAUGUGGCUUUCAAAUUCAUCUCACAAGUCUGCAACAGGAUGAUCAUCAUGCGUGAUGCAAAUCGUUUCCAUCAUUUUCAGGAUGGAUCCUGCUCGUGCAAGGAUUACUGGUGACUGCUUGGAGAUUGAAUAGCCCGAGGUGUACAGAAUAUGGAGGAUGAAAUCAAAGGGAUAUCGGACAGUUUACUGACUGACCAAAUUUAUUUCUGUUUGAAGUUAUUCAUUUGGCUUCCUCGGAGUCUUAUUUUGUUCGUUUCUCAAUUUUGUUGCCAAUUAUUCCUAUUUAACCCAGACAACACACCACUCAAGUCUUCAAAAAUCGUUUCUCUACCAUUUACAGCCUCGAUCAGGCUUGUCGUCAAGGGUUCAACGCGCCCUCAAGCUUCUGAAAUUUUGUAUGAUCACCGCUUUUGCACUGGUCUUCGCCCCCUUUCCCCUAGCCUAAUGGGGCAGACCUGGAACUCCCCCUUAUUUGCUCCCUUUGCUCAUUAUCAAA